GUCAUGCACUCGGAAAUCUAGGGGAGGGUACAGCGUUAAGUACACGUGUUCGUGUUUAUGUCACUUAGCCGGGACGUUUGGCAAUCAUGGAACAACUUCGCGUCUUAGAACUGUACAGUGGUAUUGGUGGGAUGCAUUAUGCGUUGAAAGAGAGCCGCGUUGCAGCCGAGGUGACGGCCGCCAUCGAUGUCAACACCACGGCCAACGAGGUCUAUCGCCACAACUUCCCCGAAACGCCCCUCUGGGCCAAGACCAUCGAGGGUCUGACCCUUGACCAUUUCAACAGGCUCGACUUUGACAUGAUUCUCAUGAGCCCUCCGUGCCAACCCUUCACCAGAAUUGGAUUGCAAGGUGAUGUGUCUGAUCCCAGAACAAAAAGCUUUCUGUAUAUCCUCGACAUCCUGCCGAGAUUGGCCAAGAGGCCUCGGUUCCUGCUUCUGGAGAACGUGAAGGGCUUCGAGACCUCCUCCGCCAGGGAUGCUCUGGUAAAGACCCUGAAGGAUUGUGGGUACAGCUACCAGGAGUUCCUCCUCUCCCCGACAUGUCUUGGGAUUCCGAACUCCAGGCUGCGCUACUUCCUGAUCGCUAGGGCGUUGCCGGGGUCCUUCUCCUUCCUGACAACAACAGAGAUCCUGGAGGCGUUCCCUGAUUCCGCAGACCCCGCCCCGGACCCCGCCCCUGACCCCGCCCCCAGCCGCGCCCCCGGCCACGCCCGGGGCCUGAGCAGCAGUGACGAGGCAGGGGAGGGGCGUGUCCUGUACAAGAUGGAGACCGCGCGGGACCUGGAGAGGAAGAGGGGUCAGGACGCAGACGAGUCCGUCCGGAGGAUCCAGGAGUACCUGGAGGAAGAGGAGGAGGAGGAGGAAGAGGAGGGUGGGGUCGGGCGGGGCAUGGGGCAGUACCUCCUGCCCCAGAAGACCCUCCUCCGCUACACGCUGCUCAUGGACAUCGUUCGGCCCACCUGCCGGAGGUCCGUCUGUUUCACCAAGGGAUAUGGUCACUAUGUGGAAGGAACCGGCUCUGUUCUGCAGUCCUGUACGGAUGCCAAGGUGGAGACGGCAUUCGCGGACCUGGACACGCUGACGGACGAGCAGAAGCUCCAGCAGCUCUCCCGGCUGCGGCUGCGCUACUUCAGCCCCCGCGAGAUCGCCAACCUGAUGGGCUUCCCCUCAGACUUCAGCUUUCCGGAGAAGACCACAUUGAAGCAGCGCUAUCGCGUCCUGGGGAACAGCCUGAAUGUCCACGUGGUGGGCCGGCUCAUCGCGCUGAUGGUGGGGUGACUGAGAACGGGGUGACGGACAGCUGUGUUGGCACGGCAACGAGGGUCCGGCGCAAAGCGCUAACCGCUAACAGCGGCCUGCAGACGUCACCUGACCUUUACCCACAAUGCAGUGCUGCACGGGUUCAUUCCGCUCCCUGCCUCCCAGGCAGGAGACGGAUUGUUAUAAUUCCUAAGUUUGGAAAAGUGAGACGAGUAGUUGCUUUUGUACAUUGUAAAUGUAUUUAAAAUAAAAUGUUAUAUUUUUGCAAAA